UGGAUCUCCCAGUUUCCGCAGAGACUGAAGGAGUGGCGGGAGACGUGUCCGGUUCAGGCAAAAACAAGAACUCCAGAAGAACUUUGUGUUGUCAUCAUGGCGUCUUUAUGGGAUGACCUGGAGGGUCUCGUGGAUUCUCCCUCCUCCUUCUCAGCAAAAUCUGGAGAGAGAGGAACCAUCACGCCCAAAGCUGGCUUUAAUGCAGGAGAAGAUGCCGAGGCCCUGAAGGAGGCCAUUGAAGGACUUGGCACCAAAGAGAAGAUCCUGAUUGACGUUUUGACGCAGCGAAGCAACGCUCAGAGGCAGCUCAUCUGCGAAGCUUAUCAGGAAGCCACUGGCAGAACUUUACUGGAGGACCUGAAAGGUGACACCGACGGCGACUUACAGGACCUGCUGGUGGCGCUCAUCACCCCUCCGGCGGCGUACGACUGCCAUGAAGUGAUGAGGGCCAUGAAAGGAGCUGGAACUGAAGACAGCACCUUGAUUGAAAUCUUCGCGUCCAGAUCCAACCAACAAAUCAAAGCUCUGCGUGACGUCUAUUUGCAAGAAACAGAGACGCAGGUGACCCUGGCCCUGAGGGAUGAACUCUCCGGAGACUUUUCCAAAGCGCUGCUCCUCCUGGCCGAGGGCCAGAGGGACGAGAGCACCACUGUAGAUGUGGAGAAGGCAAAAGAAGACGCCAAGACUCUUUACGAUGCCGGAGAGAACAAGUGGGGCACCGAUGAAUCUAAAUUUAUCGACAUCCUCUGCCAGAGCAGCAUACCUCAACUCAGACAGACUCUUGUUGAAUAUAAGAUCAUCAGUGGAAAGACCCUGCAGCAAAGCAUCGAGGGAGAGAUGUCAGGAGAGCUGGAGGAGCUGCUGGUCGCCAUAGUGAAAUGUGUGAAAAGCGUGCCGGCCUACUUUGCAGAAUGUCUGCAUGAGAGCAUGAAGGGCGGCGGAACAGAUGAGUCGACUCUGAACCGGAUCAUGGUGAGUCGGUCUGAGAUCGAUCUGAUGGACAUCAGAGCGGAGUUCAAAAAGCUCUACGACUACUCGCUGCACUCGGCCAUCGAGUCGGAUCUGUCGGGAGACCACGGGGACUGUGUGAAGGCCAUCUGUGGAGGAGACGACUGAGCGCCUGUCCACCUGAGCUCAAGAAGAAACCUACAGUACUUCUAACUCACACUCUAAGAUUUCUCCCUCUUUCACUUCUACUACACUUGUGUGUUUCAUCUCCAAACUACUGUCAAUGUGUUUACAAUUUUAGAGCCGUGAAGGGCUUUGAAAGGUAGAUGUCAUUUGAAAUCACAUGUUGAUCAUUACAAAUCGGUUUUAAACUUGAAAACGGCCGGUUCACACCACGGAGAAAUGCUGGCUGUUACGUUUCAGUCUGAUUAUGAACAGACUGCUGAAAGGUCGCAGAGGAGAUGAUGAUAUACAAAACACAAGAGGAACCGACCUCCUGUUCUGAAAAGAAACACCCACCAAAAGACCUCAGUACCAUGCAUUUGUAUUUUUCUUCUGCCUGUUGACACCUGGCCUAAUGUUACAGAAAAAGUGCUAUUCUACAUAAGUACCGCAGCAGUGCAGCAAGUACACACUAAAAAGAGAUUUCUAUUCAAAUCUGUACAAUAAUAAUAAGUUUAUCUGUGUUGAAAAUCUUCAUAAUAUGAGAUACACUUGUCCAGCUCUUUAAGUUUGUUUAUUGUAUAUUUAAAUCCAUGUUACAGUUUCAAAUUAAAUCAGAAAGCCAGUUAAAUUAUUAUUCAGUAUAUUUAUCAAUGUGUGGAAAGUAAGUGAUGUCAGUUUGAUGACUUAUUUUUUUUCUUUUGGCUUUUAGCCAUGAAGUGAACAGCAGGUCAGCUGAUCUUUGAAACACAUGAAACUUAAAUAAAUACCAUAAAAAAAACAACAACUAAAAUGAAUACUUAAAAUUCAGGAGAAUUUAAAUGCAGCUUUUCUUUCAUUGAACCUCAAUUUCAAUACUUGGUCAGUCAGUAUCGUUUCACAUAUAUCUUUACAUUAAACUUAUUAUAGACAAAUAUACAGAAAUUACUGAUCCAUGAAACAAAGCUUCAGCAAAAUAAUAAAAGACUAAUUAAAAUAAAUUUACAUGUUAGCACAGAGGACUCGGGCUGUUUUCAGUGUGAUAAAUUAACGUAUUUGCUGUGUCACCAUUUCUCUCCUCCCUUCAUGUCUUGACUGUUUCCUCUCUCUCUCUGGUUGUAGCUAUAAUAAAAGUAAUAAACAACCUUAUAAAUCA